UCGACGCGACGCGUUGAUUUUGCCGCGCAGUGCGUAAUGCGCUCGUUUUUAACAUAAACAUAUAGCUACUCGCUACGUUUUUUAACAAAAUUAAAAUCUUUGAUUCGAGUUUAAAAUAACAAUAACGCUCUCAGUACGCAUAGGAUCUAGAUUCUUUUGUUACCGCUGAAAAUACUAAACGAGCGUUGAACUGUCAGCUGAGAGGGCGUCAACGCGAAGGAUACUACUUAUAGCGUCGAGUUUUCCCUGUCCAUUCAUUGAUGUUUACUGAUUCAGCCGAUUGAAUAGCACGUGCAUUUGAUUGUUGUCAAAUAAGGGGAACAUCGACAACCGUUACAAAAACAAAAAUCAAUUGAUCGAUCGAUGUGAUCCGUGUAUGAAACUAUAAAUUAAAGAAAAUCAAAAAGAUCAUGAUUGAUUCAUGAUCCAUUUAUAAUUUAUACUCCGGCAAUUGGACAAGCAUACCUACUUUAUUAGAAAUUGUGAAAAUUAAUCAUAGUUGGUGUAAUAAUGAUGCUGAUAAUCAUAUCAAUGAGUUUGAUGUCUCUUAUAUUGGAGCUGGUUGUUAAAUAACAGAAAAUUUAUCAGAUCUGUAAAUGCACUUAUAUUUUUGACUUCCAAACAUGAGUUUUUUUCAUGAGCCAGAGGGACUUAAAAUUAGUGUUAGCGAUGAGCAAAUACAAGAAGAAGUGGAAGAUCAAGAAGAUCAACAAAGACGCAAUGAAGAAAUAAAAAAUUUAUUAACCAAUGCAUUUGAUGACUUAGAUAAUGAUGAAAACAGCUCUGUUAACAGCAGUUCUUAUUUGGAUAAUCAUUCAAAUUUGUCAUCAAGACAUUUCCAAAAUGGUAAUGAUUUUUAUUACAAUGUUGAUGAGAGCCAUGGGAUGUACAAUGGUGAAAGGGGAAAAUCAAAUACUAGUAUUUCAAUGGAUCCUCCAACGUUAUCAAAGCAUUUAGACUCAGAUUUAACUAUAGAUAAUGAGGAUCACGCACCGCCGUUUGCUUUUGGUAAGAACAAUGUUAAUCCUAAUUAUUUAUGUAGUUUUGAAACACCAACAAAUCGUUUUAAACAAGAUGAAACCUCAGCUUCUCCAAAUUAUUAUAAAGACAACUAUGAACCUGCUGAAAACGUAAGAUCGGAAAUUCAAGAAACCAUGAAUGCAGAAAAUCAUUAUCAAGGUUUAACUCAUUCAGAUAAUACAACAGCUCAGAACAUUUUGAAUUAUCAACCUGGUGACCAAUUAGAUGUUCUUAAUGCUAUUAGAAUUAGAGAAAUAGACAAAUUAACAUUAGAAUUAAGACAAUUACAAACGGAAAAAGACGAAGCUAUUAGAUUACUAGAAAGAAAACUAACUUUGUCACAGGUAGAAAUAGAGAGAUUAAAUGUAUUGAAAAAUGAAACUGAGCAAGGUCUUGCCAAUGCAACAUCAGAAAUUUCUGAUCUAAAAUUACAAAUAGAAAAAUUAAAGGAAGCCAAUAAAACUUUGGAGAAAAGCAAGCAAGAAGUUAUUGAAAAGCUUUCAGUUGCUGAAAAUACAAUUUAUGAAUUAGAACAAAAAGUACAUGUUUUGGAAGAUUUAGAUUAUGGAGAAUCCAAUAAAAAAUUGUCUGAAAAGUGUUUGCAACAAAUGCAAGAAGAUCAUAGUUUACAACUGAGGAAUAUGCAAACACAAAUGGAUGCCAUAUCUCGUGAACUUGACAUUAAGAACACUGCAUAUGAUUUAUUGCAAAAGCAGUACGCAGAGUUGAGAGAAGCAUAUGAAAAUUAUACGCGAGAACAUGAUAAUGUCAACAGUUAUGAAGAAAAGGUAGAAGACAAGCAAAAUCUAAGUGAAAAUGACAAUAGUCAACAUCAACUCAAAAUAGUUUCAAGAAAAUAUGAUGAAUUGAAAAAAAUCUACAAUAUUUUAAGACAAAAAUGUUUAUCUUCCUCAGAUUUAAAAAGUAAAGAUUCUGAAUCAUUGCAAAGAGAAAAGCAACUUCAUGACUUGCAAUGCACUGUACAAUACUUAAAAAAAGAAAAAGCUUGUUACUCUAGCAGAGUCAAAGUAUUGGAACAAGAGUACAUAAAUAAGAUGACUAGUCAAACAUCAAAUAUAUUUGAUCAAAUUGCAAUUAGUUUAAAUAAACUUAAUGAAAUUAUGAAAGUAUGCAAUAAUAUAGAAAAACGAAAUUUCAAACUAUCAAAACAGAUAUCUAUAACUCAUUUUAACAGAGAUACCUUGCCGAAUAAUAAUAAAAAAGAAGAUAUAUUAGAUGCUUCAGAUGGACCUGUAGAAGAAGAUACCAAAACUGAAAUUGCCAACAAGUCUGAGUAUGAUUCUUCAAAAGAAAUUGUACAAUUAAGGAUAGAAUUGCAAGAAGUACAAAAAGAACUUGAUAGAGUUAAGGAGUUGUAUAUAGAUGUAUGCGCGACGAAAGACCGACUUGCCUUAGAUUUCAAAAAUCAAUUGAACAGCUUUAAAACAAAACAGCAGCACAGUGAAUUGCAACAAGAACGCGACUCUAUAACACAGAAAAUAAAAAUGCACAUCGCGACCAACAAACAGAUUUUCAGCGACUGCGUUCACCAACUAAAAUCCGUCACUGAUAUUCAAGAAAACGUGCAAUUGAAAAAGAACCUGAUACAGCAGGAUACGCAAACCGAACUCGAGGAGCAUCUCGAAAAUGGAGUAGAUCAAGUGGAUGCGUCGCGUAGUAGUUUGCAGCGCGAACAAGAGAACUUGAUUCACGAGACCACUUUGAAAGAGAUGAAGAAGAAGAUGGAAGCGAAAGUUGUAGAGGAACUUCGCUACAUUAAAAGUCAAUACGAACAAAAGUACAAAACCGAUUUGGAAAAGUACGAAAAGGUUCUUCUGCUCCUUCGUCGCGAAUUGAAAGAAAAAAACGUGCAAAUGCAGUUGCAACAAGAAUCCUAUUUGGCGGAAAAAUUGAAGAUCACUUCGGACACGAAAAUGCGAGAAGAACAGCUGGUUAAAUUGGUCGAGGCAAAAAUGCUUGUUUUCCAAAAGCAAAUACUAUUGAAAAACGAGGAAAUCGAAAACCUCAACAGCAAAAUUGUACAAACAGAAAUGCUCUUCGAAGAAGACAAGACUCUCAUGGCAAAGAUAAUGUCUGAGUGGAUCUCAGAAAUUCAAAACAUUGUUAAGAAGAAUUCCGACUUGGAAAAGGAAAAUUCCGACUUGGAUAAGAAGCUCAAAGAGUCAGAAGAACUGAAUGUUAAAUUUUGUACAGAAGUUCAAGCCCUAAAGAAAAAAGCUGCGAGUGAUUUUCAGCUAUUCAAAAAGAAGUACGAACUUAUCAAAAAAUCCGCGUUGAAUUACAAAGAGUACGCUAGGAAAAAGGAAGAAUAUGUUAUACACCAGUGCAAGCGAGUAGAGAGUGGUUACAAAAAAGCGUUGGAAAUUAUCAAACAAAAAAUCGAGGCUCUUAUAAUUCUGCAUGAAAAAGGGAAUUAUUUACUCCGUAAACAUCCGUUGAAAUCGGCGAGAUGAUAAAUCUUUCCGAGAUCGACGUUACAUAAUUCAUCAGUAUUAGUUGCAGAAAAAAAUUUAUCACUAAUUUUUAUCCUAAGAAGUAACGAUAAUUUUUUACAUUUUUGUAUAUUACUUGUAGACGUGCAAUUCUGGAUGAAUUACGCUGUAUCAUAUGUACAUAAGAUUUUUUAUAAUAAAUCUAUUUAUAUGUUAAUAUAGUAA